AUGUCGCUGUCCUGCCGGUAUGCGGCCCAGUGCUGCGCCCGCCAGCUCCGGGUUGCCCCCCUUCGUGCUUCGAGCUCUUUCCUUCUCCAGCAGCAGCAACGCGUGGCGCGGAGGUGCAACUCGACCGAGGCUGCUGCUCCUAGCAACCCUAAGAUCGCCGCAAUCGUCGAUCAGAUCAGCCAAUUGACCCUGUUGGAGACGGCAGACCUUGUUGCCAGCCUCAAGGCUCGCCUGAACAUUCCCGACCUGCCGGUGGGCGGCUUUGCUGUCGCUGCCCCUGCUCAGGGCGCCGGUGGUGCUGCCGCUGCUCCGGCCGCUGAGGAGGCAGAGGAGGCGCCAGCGGCUCAGGAGAAGACUCUGUUCACCCUCAAGCUCCAGUCAUUCGACGCUGCGGCCAAGCCCAAGAUCAUCAAGGAAGUCAAGAACCUGCUGGGUCUCAGCUUAGUAGAUUCCAAGAAGUUCGUCGAGAGCGCGCCCAAGACCAUGAAGGAGUCUGUGCCGAAGGAGGAGGCUGAGAAGAUCGUCGCGAUGAUGAAGGAGCUCGGUGCCGUUGUAGUGAUGGAGUAA